GCGCGGCUAUUAUGCUCCNAAUCGUCCCAGUCAUCACAAGCGUAUAUUAGUCACUGGUGGAGCAGGUUUCAUUGGUUCACACUUGGUCGAUCGCCUUAUGGAAGAAGGCAANGAAGUUAUUGUGGUAGACAGUCUUUUCACUGGAAAGAAAAGCAACAUUUUGAGGUGGCUNAANAAUCCCAAGUUNGAGUUUGUUCGUCACGAUGUCACCUUACCUUAUCAAGCAGAAGUAGACCAAAUAUAUCAUCUUGCCUGUCCUGCGUCUCCAGUCCAUUACAAGUACAACGCUAUNAAAACCGUAAAGACNAAUGUAUUGGGAACUAUGAAUAUGUUGGGUUUAGCGAAACGCGUUGGAGCUCGUUUUUUAUUGGCUUCUACUUCNGAAGUCUAUGGAGAUCCUCAGGUUCAUCCACAGUCAGAAGAGUACUGGGGNAAUGUGAAUCCCUGUGGUUUGAGAAGUUGUUANGANGAAGGGAAACGUGUAGCAGAAACGUUGACGAUGGAUUAUUCACGACAACAUGGUGUGGAAGUCCGUAUUGUGCGAAUAUUCAAUACUUACGGACCUCGAAUGGUNGAAAACGAUGGACGAGUUGUGUCCAACUUUGUGACACAGGCACUCGAAGGAAAGCCUUUGACAUUGUAUGGAGAUGGNAAACAGACUCGUUCAUUUUGUUAUGUUUCGGAUUUAGUGGAUGGAAUGAUUCGUAUGAUGAAUUCCGAACAUGCUGGUCCGCUGAAUUUAGGNAAUCCGGAAGAGUUUACCGUAGAGUCUUUAGCACAUAUAGUCCGNGAAAUGGUAAAUCCNAACCUNGAGAUAGUACAUAUGGCAGCUACACCNGANGAUCCAACNAGAAGACAACCAGAUAUUACCAAGGCCAAAAACUUAUUGAAUUGGCAACCAAAGGUUCGAUUACGNGAUGGAUUGAGUUUGAUGAUNGAAGAAUUUCGAGAACGUUGCAACUUGUAAUAAAAUUCAAGUCACAUACCAAUGAUCAAUCAUUUGUAGUUGAUGGAUCUUUGGGAUGCUCGACACUUGUCACAAAUGGACCAUACUUGGCUACAAGGAAAACAGUUUACCAAACCAGACUGUUUAAAGACCAAACAUCCAGUAGAACAAGUUCAAGAAAAGGUAAGAAAAGUGAGUGGUUUUCC